AUGCCCCACCUAUCCACCCCCCUAACUCUGUCCGCCACGGGCAGCAUCGUCGGCUCCGCCUGGAUAUCAGGCGGCAUCAGUGCCCUAUCCAUCUGCGCCAUCCCCGCCGUCCUCGCGAGCGGCGCGCCGACCGACGGCCUGGUGCGCGCCUGGUACGCCCAGUUCAGCCGCGCGCUGCACAUGCCCGCGAUCGCUGUCGUCGCCUCGCUCAACUACUUCUACCUGGCGUACCGGCAUAACGCCGCGGGUCGCGAGUGGCGGGGUUACGCGGCUGGUGGCGUGGCGAAUUUGCUGCUGCCGCCGUUUACGGUGGUCUUCAUCCAUGGCAUCAACUCUACCCUGAUGGCAAGCAUGUCGGCGAGCGCUGCGGCUGCUGGAAAGGGGCUGACGCAUGAUGCGGCGAGGCAGCUCAUCGCACGAUGGGGGAACUUGAAUUUCUAUCGGAUUUUCCCUCCUUUGGCGGGCGCGGCUCUGGGAUUGUGGAACUUGCUGCAAUAG